UUUGGUUUUUUGCGGGAGAUCAGUUAGUGAGGACAGUAAACAUUCAUCCAACGGCUCUGAGCUCUCCUUUUUCUCCAACGGUUCUUUUCCUUUUCUUUACAAUUUUUUUUUUGACCUUCCCAGAUCUGCCCGCCCUCUGUCUCAAAAAUUUGAAAUCUUUUCUUCCUUUCUCUCUCUAUCUCCCUUAUCUCUCUCUGUAUUAAUAACCAAAAGCUUUCUCUUUUGAAAAUGUCUUCAGGGACAACGUAUACCCCACCCUCUCUCUCUUAUCUAUUACAAGAGCGGAAGAGCAAUCAAUUAUCUUGGGCUAAUUCUGUCUUUAUAAUUCAAAUUCCAUUGCUUCGCCUUCUCUAUCUCUUUUAUUCUCUGUUGUAUUGGGUCACCAAUCAUGGGUGGCUGUUUAAGCAGGAAAAAGGGUUCUUCUUUGAAUGCAGCUGCCCCGGUCUCUGUUGCAGCUAUGGAAGCAGUAGGUCCAGACAAGUUGUGUCAUACUAAUGCUUUCAAAGGGGAAGCUGAUGUAAAAGUUAGGGAGAAGCUAGGCAGGGAAGAGAAGGUGAAGAAACAAGUAGCGGUGGAAGAAGAAGGGUUGGUGAAGAAGGAGAUUUUUGUGAUAAAACACAGGAAGAGCCAUGAUAGAGAGAAACCCUCUCCUCCUCCUCAGAAGGAUGUGCCCUCAGUAGAAGAAAACAAGGUUGCUCCUGCUAUUCCUAGUAGUACAAACAUUAACCCAAGUGUAGAUGUCGUUGAAACGGGCAAUAAUGUUAGUAAUAUGGUGGUGAGGACAUCAAGCUGCACAAAAGAGGAGCUGGAUGCUAUUCUCAUACAUUGUGGAAGGCUUAGCCGGAGCAAUUCCUCUGGAGCCGGAAAGGCUGCUUCUUCUGGCAGGAAGUACUCCGGUCACAAGAGGAGUUACGACUUGGAUCACAAUGACCAGGACCAAGAUCUUGAGGUUGCUCCUACUGCUAAUUAUGAUGCCAAAAAGAGAGGCAGCGACUCGAAUUGCAAUUAUGAUGAAAAUGAUGAGACGGGCUCGGAGAGAAGGCAGCAUCGCCAACGACACCGCCAUUCGCGUAGGCCUUCUCCUUCUUCUUCUUCACAAGGAAGGAGGAGGACACCCAGUAGGGAAAGAGAGCAGCGCUCUGGCAGUCGAGAGAGAGGAAGUGGUAGCAGUAGUAGUGGGAGAAGAGUGAGUCAAUCACCGGGUAGAAGAUCAGAAACUACCCCAACUGCUAAUUCUAUUGGUACUAGUAAUGCUAAUAAUACAACUAAUACUGGUAAUAGGCCUGGAAAAAUGGUCUCAGUUCCUGCUACAGUUUCUUCCCUGACAAUGGAUAGAAGCAACAAUGGCGAGGAAUCACAAACGGCUAACGCCAUUAAACGAAUCUCUGUGAAGAGAAAUGUUGGAGACGCAGCCUUGGCUGGUUCAAGGGGUGCGGCAUCUCCCCGUUCUCAGUCCCCAGCGAGAACAAAUGCUAAGGGUUCUAACGAGAAUAAUCAGCAGCAGCCAUCACUUAGUCGCAAUUCUUCACGGAAAGCAGAUCAAUCUCCUUACAGGAGAAACCCAUUGAGUGAAAUCGAUCCAAAUUCCCUUGCUUAUGCACAAGCAACUGGCAACAACAAAACUGUCUGCGUCAACAACAACAAUAGCGGCAGCAGAGUACAAACCAGAAACAAAGAAAUUGAAGGACAAGCAGCUGUAAAGGAAUCUAUCAGUGUUGUAAAUCAGGCUCAAAUGCAGAAGCCAAAUGCUGAGACAAAUAAUAGGCCAGUUGCUGAAGGGACUAAUUGCAGAGGAAGCAGCAACAUAGUGAAAGAAGCACCAGUCAUUGCGGAAGAGGCCAAAGUACAGCUACCAAUGAGCACGUUGGUAGCCUCGGGAGCUGAUUUUAAGCCUCAAACACUAACAAGAAGUAGGUCAGCCAGGAGAUCUCGAGACCUAGACUUCAAUCCUGAAACUUUGCUGAAUCCCAACCCAUCAUAUACUGCGCUAUUGCUUGAAGACAUACAGAAUUUUCACCAAAAGAACAACAUCACCACAACCCCUUCAUUCUCAGUUCCACCGUGUGUCACCAAGGCCUGCUCCAUUCUUGAAGCAGUUGCUGAUCUCAACUCCACUACAAGCUCCAAUCUUUCUUGUGCAUUUGUCGAGGAUAGAAGAAGCCCUACCACCAUGGGAGCUAAUCUUGUUGGGAAAAAACUAACAGAGGCCAAAGAUCCUUUUGUAGAAUCUGAAGUCCUAGUAAGUGAUGAUUUAAUGGAGCCAAGCUUCCACAAGUAUGUGACAGUGAGGAGGGGUGGCACAUCAUGUGUAGAAGAAAUGGAUGAGCAAGAAUCCUCAGGCAGCAACAGCUUUGUGGGUGGUAGCCAACAGAAUUGGGGAUAUUCUACCUCUUCAUGGGAACCAAACUCAGCUGAUUCAACCGAUCGCUGGACUUCAAGAUCAAACACUAGAGAUGAGGAUGAGAAGAACCCAGCAGGAUUUCAAAAGCAUGCAGUAUCUGAAUCAGGCCUUAACAUGGAAGAGGCUAGGAGGGGAUUUAGUGGGCAGAGGACUGGUAUUGGGCGUGGGAGACUUGGUUCCAGUAAAAAUCUUCACUCAAAUCCAAUUGUUGCAGCUACAGCUUCAACAUAAGGCUAAUGAAUCAACCAUCUGGGUUGUUUUAAUCCACUGAAUCUGUGGCUUUCCUGUUGUAAACAUUUAGUUGUUUUGUUUGAUGGUUGCAAACUUGCAACCGUUCUUAUCAUGUUUAUUUGAAGCCAUGAUCAUCUAUUCAAAGGAGAUUUUUUUCCCCCAAA